AUGGUUGCUGCUUUACCGAUUUCUAAAUUUCCAAUAUUAAUAAUUUUAGGUUUUUCAAUAUUUAAAAAAGAGAAUAUUUUUGGUGCUGCACGAUGUACUCCAACUAUUAUGCAACCAUUUUGUUGGUGGGCAAUUGAUUUGGUGACAGCAACAAAAUUUCACCUUUAUCGGAAUGGUAUGUCACCUUUGCUGGAACAUAACAUCUAUCUGAAAUGUAGUAAAGCUGCUUCCGGUAUUUAUGGUUUCUCAUUUAUGAAUGUUACUACCAAUAUUACUUACGUUGAUUUAAAAGUAAAUAAAAAUGAAGCUAAAAUUGAAGAACGACAAAAAAUUCUUGUUGAAACUAUAUAUUAUUGUUGUAAAUCAUGUGAAUAUUAUGAGAAAAAAAGCGAUGAAGAAAUAAUCGAAGAUCUUGCAACGGAAUUCUACAGGCGUCGUCUUAAAGAUUCAGAUGAUACUCUAUUAUCAGGAAAAUAUCAGGAAGAUUCCGGUUACUGCAUUAAUGUUGAUGGUGAAAAAGAAAUGAGCGAUGUGUCAUGCAUAUUUAUGCUUGAUGUAAAUACUCCAGCGAAGGUUCAUUUUGGUGCAAAUGCAAAUUCACUGGUAUCCUUAGCAUUGAGCGGUCAUUUUUGUGCGUCAUACAGUGUCUCACAAAUUCCGGACGGUGAAUGCGUCCGGUACGCAUCGAUACAAGAAUAUUUUGUACUUUGUUGUUGCUAUGAAACACCCGAACUUUGUGCAUACACAAUAUCAAAUAAAUCGAUGAGCAAUGUAAAAGCAAAUCGUGAAAUAUGGGAAUCAAAUAUCGAAGUUCGCAAUUCUGUUUUAGCUAACGAACUGCGUAAAAAUACGUUGGAUACGCCAACAAGCUCUUGGACAUAUCGAGAUUUCAUUUACAGUAAACCUAUGACAUUUGGUGACCAAAAAGAAAUUUCAUCCAUUCGUAAUGUUCCCCUUUGGCACUGUGCCGUUGGACGAUUCAUGGUGUACAGCAUUCGAGAUAUUAAUACGUCUGCGGAACUGGACCGAUUGAGACGGAAAGACCUGCCAGUGCGUACGGAAUACUGUAUCGCUGACUUUUGGAUCGAAUUUAAACAUGGUCAAACAGAAAGUAUAAUUUUUGAUGCAAAAGCAGAUACAAAACAAGAAUGUAAUUCAAUUGAAAGUGUUUUUUGUCAACUAAUUGGACCUGAAUGUCUCAAUGAUUUAUUAUACGUAUCAAAUAUUCAAGCACAAUAUCAGUGCUGUUGUAAUCGUGGAAAUUUAUGUAAUCAUUGGGGCAAUAGCAAUCCUUCAAAAAGCAAAUAUCAAAUUAGUCUAAAACCAAAAGAUUUUCACAAUGUUAUAUUUCAAUGUCACAUCAAAGCCAUAGCAUAUUUGACACAAAUUUUUUUAAAACGCACAAAUGCUGAUUUAUCAGAAAUAUGUUGGCGAUCAUUUGAUUAUCAUUUCGAGCAAGAAAUUCUCAUGAUUCCUGGAGUUUCUUAUCAGCGAGAAAUGAUCUAUCGAGUAGCGCGUAAGGAAUUCUCAGAUCAACAUUUGAUUUGUGAAAUAUUGAAUACAUUUCCACUAAGAUCUCAAAAUUGUCAUCGAAAAGAUUACAUCCAUCAACCUAUCACUUAUCAGUUUUUUAAAUGUGAAUGUAAACAACGAAGGACAUAUCUCAGUCUUUUAAUGGAUUUAUUUUUCAGUUAUUUACGAAAAGAAAAAGAAACUCAAACUUGUGAUGAAAAUAUGGCUGAUUAUUUCAAACAGUACAAAAAUACUCUUAAAAGGCCAACUUGCUAUGAAGCAUAUCAUCAAAAUGGGCCAUUAGUUAUUGAUUUGUAUUCAGUUACCCGAAAAAUUAAUUUCACGGGUAUUUUAAUCAAAAGAGUGAUGACAAAUAGUACUCCAAUUUGUGUUACUUUUAUUAAAAUUAGCAGAGAAAGUAUUUCCUUUGGUAUAUAUGCGUUACGUCCAUCAAAAACAGCUGCGGAAGCUAAAAAUUCGAAACGUCUUACAACGUUUAAACGUCAUCAAACUAAUACAUUUGUGCAACGAUGUCAAUCAAAUUCAACUAAAUCAUGCAACGGUUUUCCAAAUUUAAUCGAACAUUUGUUACCACUAACAUUACAUCGCUAUGCAGGAGAUAGAGAACCAUCUGGUUACUCAAAAUGUUAUAUCACCGAUGAUUUACAGAGAAUAAAUUGUAGAACGAAUUUAGGAUGCUUUGAUUUUCAUUCUUUUGAUGGUGAAAGACAACGUGGAUGUAUCGAUGAUAUACCAAAAUUAAUAAAAGAAAAACCAAAAUUAUUAGUACUAAAUUAUUGCAAACAUGCCAAAUUAUGGAAUUUUCGAUCUUAUACCUGUAACGGUAUACAUAAUAUCACAUAUUCUCAUGUAAAAACACUCGAUGGAGUACUUUGCUGCUGUAAAAAAAUUUGUCCGUUAAGUAAUCAAGCUCAAUCACCGACAAAUGCAAAUAUGGGUUUCAAUACUUUUGAAUCAGUUUCUUGA